AUGGCUACAUCAACCACUGGUCUGGAGGGUCAACAGCCCGAAAAAGAGGUACAGGCUGUUACUAUCGACCCUGAAGCUGGCCAAGACCGUGCGCUUACUGGCAAGUCCUGGAUGUAUAAAUCAUUCAAGAUCGGCCCAUGGACUUUGCCGUAUUUUGCCUCACCUGACGCGCAGCUUCUCUUGGUCUCCUUUGUCUGCUUCCUCUGCCCAGGAAUGUUCAAUGCCGUCAGCGGCCUUGGAGGUGGAGGUCAGCUAGGAUUUAAGGACGUCAACAACGCCAAUACUGCUCUUUACAGUACUUUUGGUGUCGUUGGGUUUUUCGCGGGCUCCGUUGCGAACCGCAUCGGUCUGCGUUUGACGCUAUCGAUUGGUGGCUUCGGUUAUUUUCUUUAUGUCGCUUCGCUGCUGUCCUAUAAUCAUAACCAGAACUCCGGCUUCCUGAUCUUUGCUGGUGCACUUCUGGGCGCCUGCGCUGGCCUUCUAUGGUGCGCGCAGGGCGCUGUUAUGAUGAGCUAUCCGAACGAAAAGGAGAAGGGCAAAUUCAUCGCCGUAUUCUGGGUCAUUUUCAACCUCGGCGGCGUGAUUGGCAGUCUGGUACCCUUGGGCCAAAACCUGCACUCGGUCGCGGGCCAAGUGAACGAUGGGACUUACAUUGCCUUCAUGGUCCUCAUGGCCUUGGGGUUUGUCUUGGCCUGGGGUCUAGCCGAUUCAAAGUAUGUCAAACGCAAGGAUGGCUCGCACGUUAUCGUCAUGAAGAACCCUACCUGGAAAUCGGAGUUCAUGGGUCUCUAUGAUACGCUCCGAACCGACUACUACAUUCUCUUACUCUUUCCCAUGUUCUUGACCAGUAAUUGGUUCACGGCGUACCAGUUCAAUAGUGUCAACGGCGCGUAUUUCACCAUCCGCACACGAGCCCUCAACAAUCUGCUUUACUGGCUGAUGCAGAUGCUUGGAGCGUUUGUUUUCGGCCAGUUGCUGGACCUGAAAUUCCUUUCUCGGCCCACCCGAGCCAGGCUCAACCUGAUCAUCUUGUUGGUUCUCACCAUGGGCGUUUGGGGCGGUGGUUACGCGUUCCAAAAGACCUAUACUCGCGAAACGGUCAAGGCAGAUACCGACUGGACGAGCAGCGGCUUCGUAGGUCCGAUGUUUCUGUACAUGUUUUACGGGUUUUACGAUGCUGCUUUCCAAACUUGUGCAUAUUGGUUCAUGGGUUCUCUGACAAACAACGGUCGCAAGCUGGCCAAUUUUGCCGGCUUCUACAAGGGUAUCCAGUCUGCUGGUGCAGCAGGCAUGUGGCGGUUGGAUGCAGAAAAUACUCCUUUCAUGACUGAAUUCGCUACUUGCUGGGGUCUCCUCGCUGGCAGUAUCGUGAUAGCCUCCCCUGUUGUGUUCCUCAAGAUCAAGGAACACGCGGACAUUGAGGCUGAUCUCCGCUUCUCAGACGAGACUGCUCAAGAAGUUGGGGUAUCCGUUCCCUUGGAGCAGCAACAAUCCACCGAAAAGAAGGACGAGAAACGUGUCUCUCUCAGUUGA